AUGUCUUACAACAAGCCCACCAGCCCACCCCCUUCUUACCCAGCUCCCGUGCACGACAACGGCGGCUACCAACCCAACUCCCCGCCACCCCAAGGUGGCGGUGCUUCGCAGGACUAUUAUGGAGGCCAACAGGGUGGUCAACAAUACUAUCCUCAGCAACAGGGCUAUGGACCCCCUCAGCAGCAGGGUUACUAUCCGCAGCAACCCCAGGGCCAGAUGUACUAUCCUCCGCAGCAGGGCUAUCCCCCUCAGCAGCAGCAGGGGUACUAUGCUGGUGACCGAGGCGGUGGUGGCUCCGGUGCUGGUGGUAUCUGUGCUGGUAUUAUGGCGGCGCUUGCAUGCUGUUGCUGCUUGGACAUUCUUUUCUAA